GGACUAUUUGAAAGGGAGUUUGCCCUUACAGUGCCUUUGAACCUUUUUAUCCCGAAUGCCUGUUUUUUUAUUCGACGAGCAAGACUACUUGAACGAGGAUGCACACUCUGGGUUGUCGAGCGACGAUGAAGUCGUUGAAGGGAUGGACGGCCAUAUCGACCCAUUGAGCUUUAGAAAGCUCAGUAUUUCCGAGGAAGAUUCUGCAAAAGACGUGAAAAAAAAGGAAGGUACAGUCGAGUAUAAAUUGGGCGAAGAUGGAGAUUUUAUUUCAGAUCGUAACAACAAUUAUGUGCCGAAUCAAAAAAUGCACCCCAAUGAUUUCCAUCCCAUCGCUGUCCUUGGUAGAGGAUCCUACGGUAAAGUUCUUUUAGUGAAGCAAGAACAAACGGGUCGCUUGUUUGCCCAGAAGCAGUUGAAGAAAGCCAGUAUAAGGCUUCGAGCAAAAGGGCUUCAGCAAACAAAAAAUGAACGCCAAAUUUUAGAGGAAGUACGGCAUCCAUUUAUUUGCCGAUUGUAUUAUGCCUUCCAAGAUUUGGAUCGUCUCUACUUGAUUCUCCAAUACGCACCAGGAGGAGAGCUAUUUGCUCAUUUGGCUGAGCGGAGAAUGUUGCCUGAGGAUGCCGUUGCUUAUUAUACUGCAGAACUCACCUCGGCUCUGAUCCACCUGCAUAAGCUUGGUAUAGUAUACCGAGACCUGAAACCCGAAAAUUGCCUUUUAGAUGCGGAAGGCCAUGUCAUGUUAACUGACUUUGGUCUUUCCAAAGUUGCAGAACCAGGUGCGAAUUGCCAUUCUUUUGUUGGGACGGAGGAAUACUGUGCUCCUGAAAUUUUGCUUGAACAACCUUACGACUAUGGUGUUGAUUGGUGGUCAAUGGGUAUUUUAAUUUAUGACUUGCUUGUUGGCUCCCCACCCUUUACUGCAAAUAACCAUAAAAAAAUAAUGGAGAAAAUAGUUCGUACAAAGGCAAAUAUACCCUUCUACGUCUCCCCUGACGCACGUGAUUUGAUCAACAAAUAUUUAAAGAAAAACCCCAAGCAACGUCUUGGUGCUAAUAAUUCCGUUGCUGACUAUGAAGCUAUCAAAAAGCAUCGAAUGUACAGAAAAAUCAACUGGGCGAAAUUAGAAAAUCGUGAGUUACCUCCCCCGAUUGUUCCUUGCAUAACAGAUCCAGCAGCUGCUGAGAAUUUUUCUGAUGAAUUCACAAAAAUGCCUAUCUCAGUCACUCCUAUUUUUUCUGACAAUCUUCCAGAUGGUAGUCAUUCCUCGGCUUUUCGAGGUUUCACUUACGUUGCUUCUCCAAAUUUCAUUAAUUUUAGCUAAUAUUCUUCAUUGUGUCUGUGUUGCUUGCGUUGUUAUUCAGACUUUUCUUUGUUUAAUGCUCGUUUGUUAUUUGAGUCCGAAUAAUACUACGGUAGCAAGUAUUCAACUUUUGUACCUGAAGUUAUGGGCUUAGGGAAUCUAUAUUUAUUAUUAAGUUGAAUUGGAAUCUGGUACUGUUUUCUUGGUGUUUUCUUUAGCUCUUCCCUUUAAAAAAGUGUUUGCCUUAUUCACAUUCUUUUACCCACAUCUAAUCAUUCUCUAUAUCGUAAAGACAGCAUUACUUUUCCUUUAUUUUUCUAAUUACUUUCUAAUACAUAUAUAUAUACUGUUAAUACUAUAGAAAAUAAAAUUGUCCUGAGGUGAAAGUGAAAAUCAAAACUAAUGUCAAG